GCCUUCGCUGAUCACCAACCAAUCAGAUUCCUAUAAAUAAACCUCGUCCAAACUUUACCAUUUCGCGAUCGCAACAUCAAAUGCAUCUUUAAUUUUUCGAUCCAAAUUUCCUUCAAAUCUUUCUCUUUUGUCCUCAAUUCAAUUGGUACCCAAUUCGUUCGUUUUCUUCUCUUUCGAUUGAUCCUAAUUUCACCCAAUUCGGUGUCUCGAAUUCGAUUCUAGGGUUAGGGUUUUUGAAAUUCUUCUAUUUCAAAAGGGGCUUCUUUGAUCUGUAAAAUUUGACCUAUUACGCUUCUAUUUCUUGAUUCAGUUUCUUCUAGUCCGGUCGAAAUUUUCUGGGUUUUUCUUAAAUAUCGAAACUUUAGGCGGAUUUUUUUAUUCAAAAAUUUCUAUUUGUUUCAUUUAAUUUUUUCCUGUGUAAAUUAUUUAAAAUCGUAAAAUUUCUAAAUAUAUACCUUUUUCAUUGCCAGUUUCUAAUUUUAUACCUUUUAUUUGUUGUAAAUCAGUGUUUAAUUUUUUUAUAAGUAUAAUUUUCAUUUAUCUAAUUUUUUAAUUUUAUUUCCUAUUUCCUGGCUCUUAUAAAUUUCUCAAUUGAUUGGUCGACGAAUUCUCAGGCUACAAUGAUUCAUAAGCGUCCUUACAUUGAUGACUCUCAAGAGGUUGCGUGUAAGCAUCCAAGGCAAUGGGAAGAUACCUGCUACUUUGCUUCAGUUGAUAGUGAUGUUCAUCCCAGCAGUGGUUGUCAAAAUCCUCAAAUUUAUGAUAAAUGGGAGGACAUUUACACUAAGUGCCAAGAUGAAGGAAGGUUUUCUGAAGAUCAAUGCAACAACGUUCUAAGUGGAACCAAUAAGGAAUAUGAAAGUAGUGCUUCUGGCUGUGUUCCUCAUUUUUGGUGGGUAAACAGCAAUGGCAUAGAUGCAGAUACUGAAGCAGAGGUGGCAGUUCAUCUUCCAUUGUUUCCAGAGUAUUUUGCAUCUGGGCACCAAAUUAGGGCUUUUCUUCAUUCUGAUGAGAUCUAUUCAUCUAUUCUUUCUCCGCGAAAGCUAGUUUCUAUUGGACCAGAGCAUCAGGCUGAUAUUCCAGAAUGGAGCCAACAGGAUAUGAAGAGCUCUUCAGAUGGUCUAGAUGCAUCAGAUCCUCAAGUUGCCCCUAAAUCAUCAUGUGCAAGCCUUAUGGUUGAUGAUGAUUAUGGGAAAAAGAUAAUGGGUACUUGUGUCAUUCCAAUGCCUGAUUCCGAAGCAACUGCCAAGUUUCACAGUGAAGAUGUGGGACACAGGAUUGAUUGUGAAUGCCUUGAUAAGGGUUCUAUCAGAUGCAUUAGACAACAUGUGACAGAAGCAAGAGAGAAAUUAAGAGAUAACCUUGGGUCAGAAACAUUCAGGGAGUUGGGUUUCUGUGAUAUGGGGGAGGAAGUUGCAAAAAGAUGGACUGAAGAGGAAGAGCUAGCAUUUCAUAGUGUUGUUCUCUCUUACCCCUUGUCAUUGGGUAAGAAUUUCUGGCAUCAUCUCCCUGCGGUUCUCCCUUUCCAUAGGAAGAAGGACCUUGUCAGUUAUUAUUUUAAUGUCUUUAUGCUCAGAAAACGUGCUGAGCAGAACCGAGUUGACCCUGUAAAUAUUGAUAGUGAUGAUGAUGAGUGGCACACUGUUGAGUGUGGAAUUUCAGCUGAGGAUGAUGACUCUGUCGUGGAAUCACCAACUGAUCAAGGAACUGCUGCACAUUAUGAGCACAACCAGGAGGAUGAUUGCCAUGGGGACAUUGAGGAUGACGAUGAGGAUGGGGUUGAUUCUUCUGAAAAUGUUGCUGAUGAUAUUUGUAGAGCUGCAACAGAUGAAGAAGAUGAGGGAAAUAUAGAUGUAGACGAAGUUUCAGGAGCACAAGUUGAAAGUUUCAUUGGUAAUUAUGGUAAUGGUGACUUUCAGCUUUCAAGUAAGGUUCAGGGGAAUAAUGAGGACGAUUGUGAUGAUAUUCAAGAUGAUUCAUGCACUUCAUAUGAGUAUCAGACCGAGAAGCUUGAUUGCUGCGGUCUGCCUGAGACACUGAUGGAUGCAAAUCAACCCAGUCAAGAGUGACAUAUUCUCUGGUCACACACUAUUAAGGGGCUAUCAAAAGGAAUGGUGGAAAGUUUAGGAGCCUUCCAAUCAUAGCACUUGGAUGUUAAUAUCAUAGCUACGGACUUGAUUUCUUUAGCCAUGCAAGUUUUGAAUGUAAAUGCUUUUCUCCAAGAAAUUUUGAAGAAUGCAAAGCUAGCAGUUGUAUGAUAUAAACUCAUUUUACUGAUUUCUCUUGAAUCUUUCAAAUUCAAGCUGGCUUGGUAGAGCUUUCCAAGGUUUGAUGGGAUGUUAAGGGUCCUCAUUGUGAUUGAAAAUCAGCUGUUCAAAAAUAAAGGUUGGUAUAGUUUCCAGUGAGAACUUCUGCAUGUAGCAGACGAGAAGCAUUAUGUUGCACGGUAGUUUCUUGGGGGGAGUUAGCAUCCAUGGGGUGCAUCAAAGAAGCUCUCAUGGAAUUUUGCCUUCAAUCUGGCACACCUGUGCCUCCAAGACAUGAAUCCUGUUCUUUUUCUUCAUCAGGAUCAGUAUCUUGGGAAUAAUAUGCAGGAUGAGUAGUGACUUGAACACCAAAAUGGAUCCCAAUAGAAAAGGAUCUCAGCUCUUGAUUUGAUUUAAUUUGGUCUUUGCAAGUCUGUUGAUUGUGUUUAUCUUGCUUAUUUUUUAUUAUUUAUUUAUUUAUUUGGUUUAGCAGUGUAUUAUUCAAGCAAAGACAGCUUUGCUACAAAUUUAAUCAUUUACAUGCUUUCUAGAAUAA